AUGAGAAACUUGGUGAUCAUAAGAAUAGCAAAAAUUUAUGAGUCACAAGGACAAUAUUAUGAUGCAUUAAAUGAUUGGAGCCAAUUGGUAAAAUUAGAAUCCAAGAAUUUGGAAUAUUUGAAGGAUCGGGCUAGAUUGUUAUUGACAUUAUGUAGAUAUGAAAUCUUAAAACUUCAACCAGGAAAUCAAAUUAUCAUUUGCAAAAGGUUGGAAAUUUAUCAAUAUUUUAAUAAGACAGAUGAAGCAAUUGAAGAAUUGACAAAACUAAUUGAUAGCACAAUAGAUAAAGAAUUAUUUUGUGUUACAAGAGGAGUUCUUUAUUAUUCUAAAGGAAAUCAAGAAACAGCAUUGGAAGAUUUUGAUAAGGUAUUAGGAUUAGGAAAGGCAAAACCAAAGGAACAAAUUACAUAUACAAAAGACCAGCUUAAGGCAUUAUGUUAUCGUGGAUGUAUUAAUCACUCAUUGAUAGAUUUGAAUGUAGUGUUAGAAAAUGAACCUGAUAACAUUUUAGCAUUAUGUGAACGAAGUUCUAUUUACAGAGAUCGUAAUGAUCAUGAUGGAGCUUGGAAAGAUUUAAAAACCGUUUUAAACAAUGAACUUAAUUCCUCUAGGAAAUUACCAGAGACAGAAGAACCUAUUAAAGUCAAUAAUAACAACAACCAAUUACAAAAUCAACAAAAAAGUGUAAAUGAAACACCAUCAAGCAAUAACGAUAAUAUUGAUAAUAAAUAA